AGCAAGGACCGGAGGCCCGCCCGCAUGCAGUACGCUAGGUGUCAUGAUAAUGGCAACUAACUUAAUAAAGCGCCUAAGGAAACAUGAAAAUAAAAGGGGAGGCCGGAGCAAAAAAGUGCCAAACCAACAACCAAAGCAGAGCAAACGUAGGAAAAUUGCCAUACACAAUGCCGACGCGGUACGAAAAUCCCACCAAGGGAGGCGAGUUCCUACCCACCCUUGAGGAAAUCGUGGCCACCGCAAAGCCCGAGGGUGUGCCCAAGGAAGCAGCAUGGAUUUGGGGACCAGACGAUGAGAUCGGCCGCCUGAACCUCCUCACGCCGGAGCACGUCCAGUCUGUGGUGGCAGCGGAGGCGCGGCACGGACUGGUGUGUUCGCUCAACUGGGACGUGACGCUGCCGCGGAGGCCGGGCUUCGGCAGGCCGGCGUGCGAGGUGCGGAUCAAGACUCUGCCUGGCCUUCUUGUCAACGACGAGAUCUUGCACAUGAAUACGCAGUCGGGCUCGCAGAUCGACGGGUUCCGACAUGUGGCGCACCAGACUAGCGGGUUUUUCUACAAUAACCUGAGACAGGAGGAGAUCGUCGGAGGUGGAGGUGGAGGUGGACAGGCCGGGAGCGGGGAGCCGAGCACGCGGUGCGGGAUGCAGGCGUGCAGCAGGCGCGGCAUCGUCGGGCGCGGGGUGCUCCUGGACUUUGCGCGGUGGUGCGACGAGGUCGGCGGCGGGAUGGAGUGCGACCCGUUCGAGACGCGUGGCAUCUCGCUCGACCAGCUGCUGGCCGUGGCGGCGUGGGAGGGAGUCGAGUUCCAGAGGGGUGACAUUCUUCUGAUCCGCAGCGGGUGGAUGCGGAAGUACAACGACUGCCUGGCUGCGGGGCUGGAGGACGAGCUGGCCAAAGUGGCAGACGAGCACCCGACGAGCAUCGGGGUGGAUCCCUCGGACGAGAUGAAGGCGUGGCUACAUGACCAGUACUUUGCCGUCGUCGGGGGCGACCAGCCGGGGUUUGAGGAGUGGCCGCCGCGGUCGAAGCCUAUUCUGCACGAGUACCUGCUCCCCUGCUGGGGUGUCAUGAUCGGUGAGAUGCUGGAUCUGGAGCAUUUGUCGGAAACAUGCAAGCAGACCGGGAAGUACUCGUUCCUGUUCAUGAGUGCACCGAUGAACUUGCCCGGUGGUGUGGCAAGUCUUGCAAACGCACUCUGUAUUAUCUAGAGAUGUUUUAAUUAGUUGGCUCAGACUACGGCCGGGUGAAGAAAGAGUGUUCUUGGUGUUCACCAUGCCCCUUUAAAUUACUCAGUAAAAGCAUGCGAAAUUCCCAC